AUGUUAGACAAUAGUGGUUCUUCUGGUGCACCAUCUUCCUCUGAUGCCGCCUUUGCAUUAUCUGAAAAUGGGGUGGCUAACAAAAGGAAAAGAAGACCCGCAGGCACACCCGAUCCAGAUGCUGAGGUUGUGUCUCUCUCACCCACCACCUUGCUAGAAUCUGACAGAUAUGUGUGUGAGAUCUGCAACCAAGGGUUCCAGAGGGACCAGAAUCUUCAAAUGCACAGGAGAAGGCACAAGGUGCCAUGGAAAUUGCUCAAGAGGGAAACACAAGGGCAGAAGAAGAGGGUGUUUGUGUGUCCAGAACCAAGCUGUUUGCACCAUGACCCUUGCCAUGCCCUUGGGGAUCUUGUGGGCAUCAAGAAGCACUUCAGAAGGAAGCACAGCAAUCACAAGCAGUGGGUCUGUGACAAGUGCUCCAAGGGUUAUGCUGUUCAAUCUGAUUACAAGGCACAUAUCAAAACCUGUGGCACCCGGGGCCAUUCCUGUGACUGUGGCCGUGUCUUUUCCAGGGUUGAGAGUUUCAUAGAACACCAAGAUGCAUGCACGGUCCGGCAGCACAGGCCAGAGUUGCAAGCACUGCAACCUGCAUGCUCUUCUAGAACAGCUUCAAGCGCAAGUCCCUCUAGUGAGGCAAAUUUUUGCAUAGCCCCACCAUUGCAAGGACUUCCACUGCCAAAACCAGCUUCUGCUGAUCAACCAGCAACAGUUUUAUUAACUUCAGAGGUACACAAUAACAAGUCCACCACCUCUCGUAACUUGGAACUUCAGCUCUUACCUUCCUCAAUAAAUUCUCAAGAAAAACGAAACCCAAAGGAAAACUAUGGUUUGAAACUUUCAAUAGGCUCAUGUAGUAAUGGCAAAGGGGAUGAAGCAGAGAGAGUAUGUUCAGAAGCACAUGGGAGCCCACCUGAAAGGAAUAACAAUGUGAGUGACUAUGCCACAUCGGAAGUGGCGAGGUUGAAAGAGUUUGCAGGUGAGGAACUCAAGUUGGCCAUGGCAGAAAAGGCUUACGCAGAAGAGGCAAGGAAAGAGGCCAAACGUCAAAUAGAAAUAGCUGAACUUGAGUUUGAGAAUGCCAAAAGGAUAAGAAAACAAGCACAGUCUGAACUUGCAAAGGCUGAAGAGUUGAGAAAGCAAGCCAUUAAGAAGAUAAGUUCCACUGUUUUCGAAAUAACAUGCCAAAAUUGCAGGCAACAGUUUCAUUCUUCAGCUGUUGGGGUUCCAUCAGAAGAGACCUCCAUUGUGAUGAGUUACAUGUCUUCAGCCACCACAGAAGGAGAAGCAGAAUGA